AAGCCUCGAGACUCCUCCCCCCGGUCCUGUCCUGUCUCCCCCAGCCCCGGCGGCUCCCGCUCGACGGCCGCCGGCGAGCGCCGCCAGGGAGGCAAGUGCGGGACAGAAGGCGGAACGCAGGCCGCGGGGCCAGGGCAGCCGUCCGUGCGGAGGGCAGGGGAAGGGAUGGACGCGGCGUGGGCGUGCGCGGUGGACCGUGCCGCCGGCGUGGCCGACUCCACCAGGCGCUUCUUCCUCUCCUUCCGCCGCCCUCCCCCUCCGCAGCCCGGCCCCAACCCGACAGACAUCUUGAAGCGUCUGCAGCGACAAGCGUUCUAUGACAUAAUGCAGCUGAGGGAUAGACAAGAGAAGGUCGAGAAGGUGCUCACGCUGUUCAAAUCUCACAAAAUCGGUCCGUUUGCGGAAGAGAGCACCCAGGUCAAGGGCCUCGUCAAUUUCGCCGGAGCCCUAGCACUAAACAGCAAAGAAGGCACGGAACUAGACAACUCAGAAGCAAAUUCUGGCAUCAGUUCACAGUUUGCGUUCCGGACCAGUGUCCGGAAGAAGGAUUCUCUCCUGGCAGAGCUUGCCACCGAUUCCAGAUACUUCUAUCAGGAAAAUGAUCUCAUGGGGAGCCCUCUUGUGCUGUCGAAGGUGAUGUACCUGGCAAUCGUCGGCGACGACAUUUCUGUUGCUGCGGUGCCGGUAGGAGCAAGGUGUGAUGAUUUUUCAACCGAUCCAAGCAUCCAAGAGGGGCAAUGGGUUCCCAACUUCCAUUCCUCGCUGAGGCCACCUCUGCUGCUUAAGCGUCACAGGCGCGCUGCUGGCUUGAUACUGAAAUCGCAGAACUUUGCAGCAUCUCUCGCGGAGUUGAUCUCAACAGCUGCGAAAAGCAAUGGUGAAGCCAGCAGUGUCUUCACAGGAUUCGGGCAGAUUUCAUGCAAGAUGUGUGACGAUAUAAAGCUGACCAUGUCCGCGGCCUGGCAUGGACCGUCUGCGAUUCCUCGGAAGAGCAAACCGACCGCUGGAGGGUGCGUCGAUCUUGAACUGAAAUUUGACGAGGACUCAAGGGUCGGGGCCUGGGUCGAGGUGAAGAGGUCGAACCCGAGGCAGCUGAAAUGGGCCGUCACGCUGUCGGAUACGCCGGAGAACGACCUAGGCUGGGGAGUGAGCCUGCGGAGAGGCUCCGAGGGGGUGCCAGAGCGGAUUCAGCUAGAAGGGUUUCUGAACAUACAUCUAGGCCAGAAUGCCACCCUGCAGCCUGGUGUCAUGUUCAACCUGGAUGGGAGGCGAUGCGCCCCAGCGGUCGUGUUCCGGUCAAGUUGGUUCUUGUGAGUGAUUUUGGUGUGAUCCCUCUUGAGGAUGUAGAGAAGUCGUGGUAGAUCAGAGAAAGUAGAAACAAUCAUUUGUGAAAUCUGAAAGAAUGACAGUAAUUAUCAUUUUGUAUGAUGCUAUGAUAGGUUUUGUUAUCAUUA